UUUAGGGGGGUAGGCGGGAGGGAGGGAGGGAGUCAGCCGGUGGGGUUAGUGUUUAGCUUCCCCUCUGUUUUUAGCAGUGCACGGGCACUGUCCCGCGCGUGGGGCACGAUGUCUACAGCAAAUCCAGAGUCCCAAUGUGCAAGCAUCUCCAGGGAGGAGAACACCCAGUUGUCGUCAACAACCAGUCAAGGAUAUGUUUUACCAGAAGGAAAAAUCAUGCCGAACACAGUCUUCGUUGGUGGAAUUGAUAUAAGGAUGGAUGAAACAGAAAUUAGAAGCUUCUUUGCACGAUAUGGUACAGUGAAAGAAGUGAAGAUAAUCACUGAUAGAACUGGUGUUUCCAAAGGAUAUGGAUUUGUAUCCUUUUUGGACAAUGUGGAUGUUCAGAAAAUAGUGGAAUCACAAAUAAACUUCCAUGGUAAAAAACUGAAACUGGGCCCAGCAAUUAGAAAACAACAGAAUUUAUGUGCUUACCAUGUGCAACCCAGACAUCUGGGUUUUAAUCCUCCUGUGCCACAGUUUCAUAGUGUGUGGAGUAAUCAAAAUGCAGAAACAUACAUGCCUCCCCCAGCUAUGAUGAGUCCAGUAACUCAGUAUGUUCAGGCAUACCCUUAUGGGUCGCAAGCUGUACUGAUACAACAGCAAGUUCCUGUAGGCUAUCAGCCUGCCUACAACUAUCAGGUCCCACCACAGUGGCCUCCUGGGGAACAAAGGAAUUAUGUUAUACCUCCGGCUUAUACUUCAGUAAACUACCACUGCAGUGAAGUAGAGCCAGAAGUUAUCCAAGCAGAAUGUUCUGUUCCAGAGCCUGCACAAUCAUCUGGAAACAGUCAACAAAAGAUGCAUGUUACUGAAAACAUGUAUUUCAGAAGUCUGUGGACCGAAGCAUACAGACAGUGGUAUCCUGUCUGUUUAAUCCCGAGAACCGUCUGAGAAACACUCUUGUAUCCCAAGAGGACUAUUUUAAGGAGAAAAGGGUGCAUCACUUUAGAAGAAGUAGGGCAGUGCUUAAAAGUGUUUAACCAAUGACACUUGAAGACUUAAAGUGCCUGUAUUCCAUGGAUUUGGGGUGUUACUGUUCAGUAUAGCAAUAUGUGCUAUACAAUUAUGUAAUCUUAUGAAAAAGUUACUUCAAGUUGAAGUUGUUCAUAUUUGCAUGUUAUCUGUUCCUAGAUUGUUUUGUUUCUAGCAUUUUAAGGAUAUGAUAGACUAGAAAGUUUCAGUAUUACAUUACUUGGGUUUUGUGCAUGUCCUUUCACUUGAUGCUAGAAUAUGUUAAAGUUUUUUAAGGAAUUUAUAUGGAGAGAUUACUCUUGGUUUAAUUUGUAAAUGUGUGAAUUUUCUUCUGGGGUUUAAGGUACAGUUUGCAUGUUGCACUUGUUUUCUCUUAAAACACAGCUAAAAUGUCCGAUAAGUUUAGCUCAUUCAAAAGUUGAACUAGAAAUUUGCCCAAGAGGUAGUUUUUAAAUUGUGUUCUUAAUCAGUGGAACAGAAGACCUCAAGUUGUAACUCAGUUGAAACCCUUCAAGUCUGUACCCGAUGUUAUGUUGCUGGUUCUCUACAAAUAAUCCAAUCAAUGGGGAUUACAUUUAUUAGUUACAGUUUAUGCACCUGGAGUCUGAGCAUCACUAUCAGUUUGAUUGGAAAAAGUAAUUAAGCGAAUUCUAAAAUUCUAAUUUAAGAAAAACCCAAGAACAUAACAAGCUACAUUAACUACUCAGUGGGUUACACUUUUUUACUGAGCAAAUUUUAACAAUGCCUGUAUCUUAAAAUUGUGGGAAAAUACUGACAUUAAAAUAACCUUAUGUUAUGUCACACAUUGUUAAUCAAAGAAUUUUGUAAGGAAAUGUUUUAUAAUAAUUAUGUAGAUUUUAGAAAAACAAAUUUGUUGGUUUCUAAGGUACCACAAGUUCUCCUUUUCUUUUGCGAAUAUGGACUAACCCGGCUGCUACUCUGAAACCUGUAGAUUUUAGAGUUUCGUAUUUGAAAAACUUAAUAAAUUUUUGUUUGUUUGAGUUGUCUUCCUACUGGAGAUGCUAAUUACAGUAUUGCAGCUGUUGACGCAAGUAUUAAAUUUUGUCAUUCUAGAUUUCGUUGUAUUCUCCCAGCAGCCAUUUGUUGCCGUACUUGUGCUACAUUCUACAUUACACUGUUACAUAGAUUUUAUCCAGUUACUACAAAUCUAACUAAAACCAGCAACCAAAGAUCAAGGUAAAGAGUUUGUCUAAUGAAUUAGUUUGAGACUGUAGUACAGUCUUUGCUUUUAGACCAAAGUUAAGCCUCUUCAGAGAUGGUGCAUUGAUCCCUUAAAUGGACUAACUAAGGUGACCUGGCAAAUUCCAAAGUAAUAUUGGCUCCGAAAAAGAAAUCAUAUCCAAUGUUGCCCAGGGUUGUCUGAACACAAAACUAUGGUAACAUCUAUUUUUUUCCCCCUCUCUAGGUGGUUUCAGGAAUAAAUCAAUGGGGACACAACUCCUCCAUUUGAUAAAUGAUUGAUACAAACGUCAGUGCUUUCACCCUCUU